AUGCUUCUUCUACCAUCCCUCUUGCUACUAGCCACAUCGUGGCAGGUAGUCAGUGCAGAUUCCGAUUCCUGCUCAAGUAGUGCGACCAUCUCCAGCCAAAGUGACGCCGAUACAUACGCCAACUGUGACCAGAUCGAUGGCAGCGUCACCAUUUCUUCGUCAGCUAGCGGCUCCAUUAUUUUGAACAAUGUCACCGAGAUCAAGGGAUCCUUCACGGCAGAAGGAGCAUCGGGUCUCACUACUCUAGCCGCACCGGAUCUCGAGACAAUCAAAGGAGCUUUGACUGUGGACAGCAUGAGCUCGCUGAGCAACCUCUCGAUGAAUUCCCUAUCUGAGGUAUCCUCAGGUAUCACAAUCAUAGCAAACCCAAAACUCAAGCAUCUGGAAUUUGAAGACUUGGAGGAGGUUGAUGGACAACUCAAAUUGACAGGGUCUUUUAGCUCAGUGUCGCUGCCAUCGCUUGACCAGGUGAAAGGGCAGACAACUAUCCGAGGUGGCAGCUCCAUGUCCUGCACAGCAUUAAACAAUUUACAAUCCGAGGAUGUAUAUGAUGGCGGAUACUCCUGCUCGACCAGCAGCGGAUCUUCCCUGAGCACGGGUGCCAAGGCCGGAAUCGCGGUCGGCGUCAUUAUCGGGGUCCUGCUCAUCCUCUUCCUCAUGUGGUGGGUCUUUCGGCAACGUCGAGUCCGUCAAAAACGCCGACGGACUUCCCAAACACCUAGCUCGAUAUCUCCACCUGUAUUGAAGGACGAGAAGCAAUCUACUCCACAAUACCAACCCAUCCCAUCAAGCGACUUGUCACCUAAAGUUCCUCGCAAGCCUCUGGGACCGGCACCAGCAUUGCUGGACGGUCGCUCGAUCUACGAAGCAGCGUACCCUGCGAGUCCGAUCCCAGUGUACCAUGAGUUGGACGCCGGACCAGUCUUCAGCACACAUCAACGGCCGAUUAAUUCCGAAAGCUAA